CUCUCUUCACGUGGUGUGGCCCGGAAGUGACGCGUGAGGCCCGGGAGCUGCGGACGCGAAGGCGGACGGAGCCGGAGUCGCAGACACCGCGGGGUCUCCGGGACAGGAGCUCCCAGUGCUACAUGUGUUUUCUGUGAGGAAGAUCACAGCCAAAGAUGGCUACUACACUAGAUUUGAAAUCAAAGGAGGAAAAGGACGCGGAGUUGGACAAGAGGAUUGAGGCUCUUCGCCGGAAGAAUGAGGCCCUCAUCCGGCGCUACCAGGAGAUUGAGGAGGAUCGGAAAAAAGCUGAACUGGAGGGUGUGGCAGUGACGGCCCCCCGGAAGAGCCGUUCCAUGGAGAAGGAGAAUAUGGCAGUGGAGGAGAAGAACCUGGGUCCCUCUCGGAGGACUCCUGGGACUCCUCGGCCCCCAGGGGCCAGCAGAGGGGGCCGGACCCAUCCCCAGCAGGGAGGCCGGGCAGGCGUAGGCCGGGCAUCCCGAGGCUGGGAGGAUGGUGCUGGGGAGCAGCUUCGAGGGGGUACUGGGGGCCGGGGCCGGAGGGGCCGGGGCCGGGGAUCCCCUCAUCUCUUAGGGGCAGGAGACAACUCAACCUCUGACCGCAAGUCCAAGGAGUGGGAGGAGCGGCGCAGGCAGAACAUCGAGAAGAUGAAUGAGGAGAUGGAGAGGAUCGCGGAAUACGAGCGUAACCAGCGGGAAGGGGUGCUGGAGCCCAACCCAGUACGCAACUUUCUGGAUGACCCCCGACGCCGCGGUGGGCCCCUUGAGGAGUCCGAGAGGGAUCGCCGGGAAGGCAGCCGCCGGCAUGGACGCAACUGGGGAGGUUCGGAUUUUGAGCGGGUGCGCUCUGGCUUGGAACAGGAGCGACAGCAGGGUCGCAGGGCUGGCCUGGGCAGUGGGGGCGACAUGACAAUGUCCAUGACGGGCCGGGAGCGGUCAGAAUACCUGCGCUGGAAGCAGGAGAGGGAGAAGAUCGACCAAGAGCGUCUGCAGCGACACCGCAAGCCCACUGGGCAGUGGCGGCGGGAGUGGGAUGCUGAGAAGACUGAUGGCAUGUUCAAGGAUGGCCCAGCCCCUACCCACGAACCGUCCCACCGCUAUGAUGAUCAAGCUUGGGCAAGACCUCCUAAGCCCCCCACUUUUGGAGAGUUCCUUUCUCAGCAUAAAGCUGAAGUCAACAGCCGUAGGAGGAGAAAGAACAGCCGACCUCAGGCCAAGGUGGCCCCUCGUGCCUAUAGUGACCAUGAUAACCGUUGGGAGACAAAAGAGGAAGCUGUGUCCCCAGCUCCCAAAUCCUCUCAGUCCAUGUCCCUGGAGGAGACACCCACACAGCAGCCUCCUGAGACCCCAGCUCCAGCCCACCGGCCUCCUGAGGAGGAUGGUGAGGAAGAUGUGGGAGAAGAGGAGGAGGGAGAAGAAGAGGGGGAAGAUGAUGAUGAGGAUGAAGAAUGGGAGGAUGUGAGUGAAGAUGUUACUGAGGAGGAGGAGGAGGAAGAAGAAGAGUUUGAAGAGGAGGAAGAGAGUCCCAAGGAGCAGGAAGCAGCAGCUGUUCCUGAUCACCAGCCUGAGGCUGAGCCUGCUGGGAAGCCCACCUGUGAGCAGGUGGACCCCGUGCCUGCUGGGCCCCAGGAGUUGCUGUCCCCAGUCCCCGUUGAACCUCCCAGCCCCUUCUCACCCUCUGAGGACCACCAGCCUGUGUCUGACUGGGGAGGUGACCAGCCAGCCCUUGCCUCCUUGGAGAGCAGGCCCACCUUGGCAGGAACCCUGAAGUCUGAAGAAGAGGGGUCUGAGGCAUCUCCAGGUGGGAUGCAUGAGGCUGGUGGAGAGGUGGUGGGCCCUGAGGGCCAGGAGACGGCAGAGAUCACAGACUUCCAGAGGGCAGUCCCGCAAUCCUGAAGACGCUGGUGGGAGGGGCGGCAGCGCAGGUUUGCCUGGCUCCCAGGCUGGCUGCUCUCCUCCCUGCAGUCCACCCUGGAUCCUUCGCCUUUAGGGAACAGAAGUUGGCGCUGGUGCGGAGUUACUGGGGAAGGCCAGCAGGGGCGAUGAGCGGAACUGGGUCUCAGAACAUUUGAAGUGAUGCAGGGUUGUGAAACGGGGCGGGGCUGGGGCUUGGAGGGCGUGGCUAGCGUUCAGAAGCUCUGUAGGCUUCCCGCUUUAACAGACUAGGAAUCUUCUCUCCGGCGGGCAGAGGGUGGCUAGUGUGCGGAGCUGGAGUUGGUGGAAGAAGGAAGGGGUUCGAUGAGCUCGGGCUAGGGUAGGGAAUAGAAGUCUGAGGUUGGAGAGCUCACCCAACUAGGGCGGGAAAAGAGCGAGUGGGUGUGGCUUUGGGGUGUGGGUAAGAAAUCUUUCCUUGAUAGUGGUGGGUCAGAGGCAGUGGGGGCGUGUCUAGGAUGUAGGGGUUUGGCUAAGCUGGGGGUGGCGGUCUGAUAGGGCGUGACUCUAGAAGGGGCGUGGCUUGCUAGAAGCGGCGGGGUGGGGGCGGGGUCGGUACAGGCUGAGUGGGCAGCGCCAUGCGGGGCUCGAGCUGCGUGGGCAGUGGUGGCGAGAGCCCAGGUGGUACGGGGCUGAGCGAGGGGCCCCGCGGCCGAUGGCUGCGGCUCGCCCCUGUCUGCGCCUACUUCCUGUGUGUAUCCUUGGCUGCUGUGUUGCUUGCGGUAUACUACGGGCUCAUCUGGGUCCCCACGCGGCCGCCUGCGGGCCCCGCCGACCCCUUGCCCAGCGCUGCAGCUGCUCCGUGUGCUCGAGCAGCACCACCCGCCCCGCCUCCCGCCGCGUCCUGCUUGCUUGGGGCCUCCGGUGGGCCACGACCGCAGCCAGGACUGCCGCGGAGCCGCCGCCACAGCCGCCACCCAGCUCCGGGAGCGACGCCGGAGACCGCUCACCGAGUGCCUGGAUAGCCUGGCCCGCCCCCACCGUGGCCUGCGCCUGUCUGUCUGCACCUCCCGGCCUCGCCUUCGUGGCGCCGCCUCUCCUAGCCAAGGUCCUGAUCCUGCCCGACCUUAUCCUUCCCCGCUCCUCCCCAGGACUCAGCGCUCAUCGGCAAUAAACUCCAGCCUCAGCUGGCUUACCUGGUC